AAAAAAUAACUCUCUGGAGGACAACGGUGGAAAUUUGUAGAGUGGAAAGAAAGUGAGGUAUUUCAACAAUUUCGACCCGUUCCCACCGGGUAUAAACAAUGGAUGAUGGGAAUGGAGGUAAACUGGAUGCCCAAGAACCUACAAAGAACGAUGGUAGUGGAACGAAGACCGCGAAUGGGGCGGUCGAGGCCGGGAGCAAUAGCGGAACCGAUGUCGACUCCGCCGUCUUGUCAUGCUUGUUGGCGAAGACCGUGAACUUACGCGCGUCGUUGACAUCAGCGGACAGGCCGCGGCCUGCCACCAGUAUCGAACGGGGAAGCAACGUUGGGUCGUACUCGCAUCAUUUUUUUGGGUCCAAGAAGCACGCCUCCUAUGCAGAUCAUGGGUAUGUGAGGCCACACCACAGCCGUGCAGAUGUCAAUAUCUCCAAACAGGCAAUUGAUGUUGACAACAAUGAUGAUGACCAUGUGCCUAAAGGGGAUUUGUCAACUGUUGAAUCCAGCAAGUCUGACACAGAGCUCCUCAGUGCGCCAGACGAAGAAGAACUGCAAGAUGACAGCGUGACCAGGUUGAGUGGCUUACUGGUCAAGGCAGUCACCCUAGCAUCAGCCAACGAAAUGGCUCGUCAGUCCAAGUCCAGCGAUCCACUCUUUGUUCCUCAUACUCACCUCAACAAGUGCAACUCGUCAUCCAAGACAUACGAAAGCGGUUUGGCUGACCCGGGACUGGGCGCAGAGGUCAAAGGUCAUGGGUCUCACGAGGGGAUCACCGCCCGUAGGUCAGCUUAUGGCAUCGAGGGUGAGAGAGGAGCUGGAAUCACAGAGGGCAAAAGGUCAAGCCACGGUAUGCUGGGGCGGAUCAAGAUCCUGACCAAUUGCCUGAGUAGUAGCUCAGACGAGGGGCGGAGCCAGGAAGACGUGACCCCCUCCUCCGAGGACGCCUCUCCAAAGCGACGGCUCUUGUCCAAGAUCCCAAAGAAGAAGACCAAGAAGAAGAAGAAAUUACUUGACGCGGAGAAGAGUGGCAGCGGGUCAGAGGUUGGGAUCGGGGUCAGUCAGGCAACUGUGGAUGAGUUGGCGAGUGGGAUAGAGGUUGUCAAGACAACCAGUGAUACCAAGACAAAAGAUGCAGAAUUGCCAGAGUUUUCCCCACCUGAUGUGGUGAAGGAGAUUAAAGUGAAUGGUAAAGAGGCUUCUCCAUCGGAUCUCCAGUUUGAGAGACUCGACGAUGAUGCACAACAUCAUGACAAUCUUGCUUUAUCUCCUCAUCACUCUGGAUCCAGCAUCGAGCUUCUGUGUGAUUACAGCCAGCAUGUUGAAGGCGGAGAACAAGUGCUCUCUGCCAUUGUGACUCCCGGCAGGCAGAAGUCUCCAACUGGCACAAAGCCUACGUGCGCUGAUGAUACCGAAGCCCCAUCUAAGGAAUCUAAGGAAGGAGAACCAGGGGGAAGGGGUACCAAGCAAGUUCAUGUAGCCCACCACGCAAGUGCUCCUGUAACACUGAACCAAGCAGACGGAGAGGAUGACAAGUCGCAUCCGGAAAUUGCCCUGAAGGCUGUGAAAGAGCGGUAUCGGGUCCUGAGCGAGCAAAUCAGCGAUGCCAUCCCUGGCGUGUCCAUCGAUGAGAAGCUCAGACUGGCCGUCCUGGGUUCUCUCUCCUAUGCGGCCAGGAGCGAAGACCGACCUGAGCCUGGGAGGAGGGUUGCAAGUGCCCCGGGUCCACUGGAGAACAUGGCCCGACAUCUGGCUGAAGAAUUCGCCAAAAGUCAGCAUGUGGAAUCGGGCAUCUCAAGCUUUGAGGGUACUUACUACGACGAGUCCUCCAACCACUUCCACGGGACUCCGAAUGCAAAACAGGAGUCCAGAUCUAGUAGCGACAGUGCCAAAGAUGUUCCCGUCCAGGCACAGGACCCAACGGCAGACCUGACCUGCUCUUCCGACAGCAGUCAGGACGACUACGUCCAACAGAUGCGGGCAGCUCAAAGACUGAUCGACAGCCAUCACAAGUCAUCCCCUGCUCCCCAGCAACUUCAAUCCAUCCGAGACCCAGGCUUGAAAAUGAUCAUUAACGACAACGACAGAUCCCUCAGAGACAUCAAGAGGGAUUAUCUGGGAAGCGGCAGCCCAUCAACAGCUUCAUCUGGCUAUGGCAGUGCUUUCCAAGCCAAGAUUGCAGAUCUGGAGGCCAAUCUCAGCACCAGUGAGGGCCUAGGGAAGCCCUACAAGGUGACCAUGCCCAUAGAAGAGGAUUCUGUGAGGAAGAAGGAGUUUGGGUACAUCCUGAAGAUGUUAGAGAAGGAGGGAGGAGGGCAGGGUCUGGAUAGUCACAGGGAUCCAGCACUCUUAGAGGCGGCCGUUAGCUACUUGUACUGGAGCAGACAUGACGCUCAAGACCUGCUAAGAAAACCACAGCAGCAUCAAAAGGUUGUGAUUGAAGACAAGUUAGAGGCUCAAAAUCUGCAGCUUGAUCUGCCACCUCACAGCACCGUCAGGAACAGUGAAACACUGGAACAGUUGAAAGCUGAGCUGGAACAGAAGGUGAAACAGAUAGAAGACGCCAUCUCCAAAAGUCAAGAAUUUGAGGCAGCUCAUGCAACUUCUGGCCAAGUCAAACAGGAAACGGCAGCAAAUUCACCAGAAGAUAAAAAGAGCUUGCUUCCUGCACAAGAGCUGGUCAUAAAAGAUGGCGCCAUUCACCACCCGCCCGUCAGUAAGCCCGUGAACCUAACCCUGCCCGACACCGAGGCCAAAUAUUCCUCAGCAUCUGACUCCUCUACGGACGACAGCAGACCGCCAAGCAGCUUCCAUCGCAGUCAGCAGUCGAUGGCCUUCAUGUCACCAGGGGGCGCUCUAGGUAGCAGCGUGAUCCUUUCGGAGUGCGGGAGUGCCAAGAGGGUGCGUUGCGAGAUGGAAGGAAGGCUUGCGGAACUUGAGAGAGAGAAAGAGGAGAUGGCCGCACGAAUGAAGGAGCAGCGUUUGACCUCAGUCCAGCUGGAAGCUCACCUGUUUGACCAGCUGACCACAUUGACCCAGGAAUAUCAGAAUCUCAUCGCUCAUGACCAGGAACACAAGCAGCUAUCCAAGGACCUGAGACUACAGCUGGAUAGGAAGCAGAAAGAAUUGGAACAGGCCAAAGCACAUACCUUCGAGAGCAGUACUGACUCCCAAGAGUUCCAAAACAAACUGGACAUCCUCAGCUUUGAGUCCAAGGAGAAGAUACACCAGCUCAACAUCCAGUUGACAUUCGCCCAGCAGGAGAACGUUAGACUGCAGAAGAAGCUCCGACAGGAGGCGGUACGGCAGCAGGGGAUUCAAGACGACUCCAAGAGGAGAGAUGAAGAGGCCAGGAAAGAGAAGGAAGCCUUGAUGGAAGAGCUCCACCAAGAAAGAAACAAUCGCUCCCAGCUGGAUGCCGAGCUAGUAUCUCACGCAGGGGACCUCCAUCAGAUGGCCACCACCCUUCAGGACCUGCAGACCGAGAACCGUUCCCAGUCCCAGGAGAUCCGUCGCCUGCACCAGGCCCUGGAGCAGUCCAUCCAGGACCGGGCCGAGCUACAGCAGGAGCUGAAGCAGGCCAACCACAGGCUGGAGACCAAGCGUGAGCAGUGGAAGCAGCAGAGACGGCAGCUGAGCGAUCAUCUUAACGAGACCAAGGCAUCCCUGGACAAAUCCCAGCUGCACCUGCAGACCGUGAGCCACACCAACCGCACGCUGACAGCCACCACGGCCCAGCUGCAGGACAGCUACCAGGCCCUGAGCAGCCAGCUGCACAAGGAGAAACUGGCCAAAGAGACGGCGGGCCAAGAAGCCCAGAGGAUCAGGGAGGAGCUAGAGGCCGAGAGAAAGAAAAGGUCGGACCUGGUCCAUUCCCAGUUAUCUCAGUGGCAGCAGAGUUUGCAAGGCAGCACCAAGAAGCUGUCAGAAGCACUCGAAAAGAAAAUAUGCCGUCAACAAGAGGAGUUGCAACAUCUGAUGGCAACCAAUACUGAACUGACUGCCGACCUCCCCUGCAAUAUCAGCAAACAUUCAGCAAGCACCCGUGCAGACAGCGACCAGUUUCACGACCGAAAUCAGUUACACCAUGGACAACAAGCAGCAUGCCGUGCACGCAUGCAGGACUGGACAAGUUUCAACACUGGGGGCGGUCUUUGCCCAGAGACUUGUCGGGGCUGUAGCCAUUGCUGUCAGCAUCACAAACGAUGUUAACUGCGCACUUCACUUCUUUCCAAAACAUUUGCUACAAUCAGGAUCACUUUGUGUGUUGUGUAUGAAAAAAAGUGGGUAGUUUCAAAA